UAAUCUUUCACCUGCGUGCGUCUCUGGAAAAGAUUGUCUUGUCUCGAAGUAGUUAUAUAAAACCUGUACUUGGCAGCUGGCCAUGAAUGAAGGAGGUGUACUUUUUCAAUGGCAGGACUCAUUCUAAUGUUCUAAAACCUUUCUCAAGAACUCGAUAGUGAUUACUGGUUUCUUGAAAUCGUUUAGACUCUAGGACGAGCGGAAAUGGUAUAGGACAUGGUGUUAGGGAGACCAUGGGGUUAAAGAAAGUUGUUGCUGAGGAGUAGAAGCAGUUAAGUUUAGUUACCAAGGGAUUGAGAUUGAAUCCUCUUGAGCAUCGUUGUUGCUCUGCAUGGAUUCUCAAAGGAAAUGAUCUAAAUGUCUUGCAGAUUCGUCUCAAUAAGGCUUUGUCUAUGAUCUUAUAAUCAUGAUAUAUAUAAAAAAAUCAUGAUGUAAAGUUGCUUCUAUAACUUUAAAAGAGUUCACUAGAGCCAGAGCUGCGACUACCAUUUUAGAUGUCCUAAACAAAUAAUAAUAUUGCCGAUUUUUAUCCACAAUUUCAAAUGUAAUUUUAAAAACAAAUAUACAAUUCAUUUCUACACAAUAAUUACUAAUGAUUCAUUUAUUCGAUUUAUAUAAAAUAACACAGUAUAAUUCUCAAAUCAAUUAAAAUUUGCUUAAAUUUAAUUGCCAAAAAGUAGACAAAAGUAUUUAAGAAAAUAAAAUAUAACAAGUCUAAGUUUCCACAAAUAAAUAAAAAACACAAAUAAACAUUUCUUCUAUCGAAAUAAAAUAAAUAAAUAAACAUUUCUCUUCUCAAAGACAAGUUCAAUAGCAUAAAUAUUUUUGAAGUUGCAUAUAAAAGUAUAUAUAAAAUAUGAAAAUCAGUUCUGGAAAUUGCUUAACUUGAAUGUUGAAUCCAUGCAAAUCAGUUAUGAGAUACUCAUGAUCAUUAUUGCUCAUCAUCAUGUUAACUAUCUCUAUAAUAUUAUUUGACAAGUCAAUUUCUUAUGUGUCGCACUCACGUUAACUCUCACGAUGGUUGAUUACAUUGAUACUCUUAAUGAAUUAAAAAUAUUACAUUUUAAUACUAUUAUUGAAUUUUAUAUUUAGUUUUCUUUUUAAAAAAUUUCAGAUAACAUAUAUAAUAAAAAGAAAUCAUGUAUAAAGUUUAAAAACGAAAAUAUAUGUAUAUAUAAUAUGGUUUCAUUAAAAGGAAAGUUCACAAAAUAGAAAUAUUCCAUUUAAAAAUAUUUUUAAAUAACAUAAAAUCUACUUUUGAAGUAAUAAAAUAUUUCUUUAUAUCUAUAUUUUUUUAGAUGAAAAUAUAUAUAUUUGCAUAUAAUGUGAUUUCAUAUACCAACAGUCACACAAAUAACCUUGAUAUUAAAAAAAGAAAUAUUAUUUAUUUUAAAACAUCAUUUUAAGCAAUACAAAAAUAUAUAUUUUCAAAGUAAUAGAAAUAAUUUUUUGUGUAUCUAUUUAUUUUCGUAGAUGAUUACAUAAAAUAAUUAAGUAACAUAAACUGAUAUAUAUUUAAUUGACUAAAAUAGUUUAUAAUUAGUAUUAUUGAAAUGUUUUGUUUAUUUUUCUUCAUUUGUAAAAUUUAUAUAUAUGCAUGAAACUAUAGAAUAUUAUCUUUAUAUUAAUUUACGUAAUUUUGAAUUAGACACUUUAGUUUAUUUUAUAUUUCAUUAUAAACACAAUAUAUAUCUUAUGUUAUACAUAAUCUUCCUCAAAUAUAUCUACAUAUCUAAGACAACAACCAACGUAAAUAAGAAAAUUAAUCAUAAUUUUGAUAUAUUUUUAAAAAAUAUUAUUUUUGAAUUCAGAGAAAUAGAUGCAAUCUAAUAUACCUAAAUGAUAACUAAAUCGACUGUAAAAAACAAUAAAACCGACUAGACAUAACAUAUAUAAAAUUAUAUGUUUAAUUAAAAUAAUAUAAUAUUAUUAAUAUAAAUUAUGCGUACAAAUUAUAAAUUAAUGAAAAUUAAGAAUAAAUAACAAUCAAUGAUUAUAGUAUAUUUAUUUUAUAAAUAUUUAUACAUGCACGGAAAAAUUACCUAGUCAUUUAUAAAAUAUACCUAAAUCAAUUGGUUUACGUACGUAAUAUGAUCCAUAAGCGAAUGUUUGAUUAUUAUUUUUAUUAGUGUGCAGGGCUCUGACUAGAGCUUGAGGGUUAUUCCCAUUGAUCAUUAAUUAAUCAAUUAAUAUCGUUGUGUACAUGUCCACAAGUUUCACAGAAGCAAACUAAAAUUUCAAUGUUAUUUUUCUUAUAAACUACAGUUGAUAUAUUCACAAUUCAAACAAAGAACACAAAUUACUUAAUCCUCCACAUUGAAUGAUUCUGCAUCUAGUUUUGUUGAAAGUAAAAUCAAACAUACAAGGUGAGGUAACCACAAGGCGGCCGUACACAAUGACGUUUACAUAUCUGAAGGAAAUCAAAGUAAUGUAAUUAUGCAUGACCAUUAUUCCAGUUAGAGGAGAUACUAUAAUAUAUCCCACUCUCUGCGGUUGUGUAUAUUAUCUACAAGGUAGUGGAGGUAGAAAAAUGUUUUUAAAAUUACUCGUCAAGAGAUGACCAAUAUAUACAGUGUAAUGUAUAUAUAUAUUUCCCUAAACCGUUUUUUAGAAAACACUAUGACGAAAAUACCGCUACGUUUUAAAACAAAGUACAAACAUAUUGAAAUAAUGCUUUUCAACCAGACUUUUCUCAAGCAUUGUACAUGCAUUAACCUCUAAAAUUUCUUAAACCACUUACACGCCUUUUGGCAAAUAUAUGCAUGCCACAUGUAUGUUAUUGGAUUUUGACGCGAAAAAAAGUGCGCAUAUGGUUUUCAUAUCCUGCUAAACUUUCAAACAAGUCUUCAUUAUACAGCCUAACUUUCAAAGGAGACAACAUUUAAACCACAUACACGCCUUUUGGCAACUGUAUGUUAUUGGAGGGAUUUUGACAAUAUAUGCGAAAUAUAUGUUAUUGGAUUUUGACGAAAAAGUGUGCAUAUGGUUUUCAUAUCCAAACUUUCAAACAAGUCUUCAUUAUACAGCCUAACUUUCAAAGCAGUUUUCAUUAUAAAGCCAACCGAUCAUAGUUUGCUAUGUUUAAGCAAGCCACUUUGUGUUUAUUAUAUUUACCACUCUUAAUUAGGAGUAUGCAAUUUGACAAGAGGCUACAGCCUACACAAUAUAUAUCCACAUGCUACUAGAUAACGUCUAGGUGAGCUAAACUUUGAGAAAACUACGACUUUUAAAGUAUACAUCCUUUAAACUUUAAAAUUAUUUGCUCGUUUAUAUUAUCGAAUAUCACGUUCCGUAUUUAAACUAUUGAUAAUUAUUUUUGGUUACUCUACCAUGAAUUUUUUAUCAAGAAAAAGAAAACACAAUUGUAUAGUUUAGGUUUUUUCCAUGUUGACCAUAUCAUCAGUUAUUAUUUUUAAUUUAUCAUUCAAUUUCAUAUACAUAUAAGGUUGGUUAAUUGGUUAUAGUCUGGCAUCCAGCAUUAAAAGCUUUUUUAUAUAUCUAGUUGUAGUUGUGCAACCGUACCGUUGAGUUGACAUCUUCUUACAUAUUAGCGUGUGUGACAUCUAUAAAUCCAAAAUGUCAAACCCUAGUUCCCUAUAUAUACUUGUUCUCUUCUUCCUAAAGCAUAUCCAAAUCUCUAAUCCUUGCACUUUCCAGCAAUUGAAAAAAAAACCCUCAAAAAAUGGAUAAGUGUCUACUUCUCUGUGUCCUUUUGUUUUCCUCUUAUAGUCACGUCUCGGCUCACUAUUAUCCAUCCAAAAAUACCCUAGUGUCAAGCGUGACCAAGAACGCCAUCUUACCUAUCUUCACUUUCACACUCAACACAAACGAAGAAUAUUUCAUCCAUAUCGCCGGUCCCUUCCUCGUUCGCAGCUGCAAUGAUGGUCUCCCUCGUCCCAUCAUCCCAUGCGGCUCCGCUACGUGUGCUCUCACUCGUAGACUCAGCCCCCACCAGUGUCCUCCUACUCAAAACGCAAUCAUAAACGGAAGGUGUGCAUGCCAAGCAACCGCCUUUGAGCCGUUCCAACGUCUGUGUAACUCAAACCAAUACACCUAUGGAGAUUUUUCCAUGUCUUCCCUAAACCCUAGAUCUCCCUCGUUCACGUUCAACAACGUGAAGUACCUUUGCAUCCCCAAGCCGUUUCUCAUAGACUUCCCUCCUGGUGUUUUGGGCCUUGCGGGGCUUGCACCCACGGCUCUCGCCACAUGGAACCAGCUGACCCCACCUAGACUCGGGCUCGAGAAGAAGUUCGCGUUGUGUCUGCCUUCUGAUACGAACAAAGGUGCUAUUUUCUUUGGCGGAGGUCCGUACAAGCUCGGAAACACUGAUGCAAGAUCCAUGCUCACGUACACCCAAUUGAUCAAGAACCCUAGAAGACUCAACAAUUAUUUCUUGAGGCUCAAGGGUAUUUUCGUCAACGGAGAAAAGAUCUUGCUUGCCCAAAACGCUUUUGGUUUUGACGGCAAGGGUGACGGAGGCGUGACUCUAAGCACCGUAACCCCUUUCACUACGUUACGUAGCGAUAUAUACAAAGUCUUUACUGAAGCAUUCUCAAAAGCCACGUCGGAUAUUCCACGUGUCAAUAGCACAACACCCUUGGAGUUUUGUUUUAAGUCAACGGAACAUUUCCAAGUGCCUCAGAUCGAUAUGAAGUUUGCUGAUGGGAAGAUCUGGAAAGUAAUUGCCGCAAAUUCGAUGAAGAAAAUUAGUGAUGACGUGGCUUGCUUGGCUUUCCUCAAUGGAGGAGAUGCGGCGGCGCAGGCAGUUGUAAUCGGAAUGCAUCAGAUGGAGAACACUUUGUUGGAGUUUGACGUUGGGAGAUCUGCUUUUGGAUUUAGCUGUUCUUUGGGUUUGGUCAAUGCUUCGUGCGGUGACUUUCAAACAAAGCCAUGAGAAAGUCAAAUGAACUUGAUGGUUGACAUUCUCUUGUGGUUGUGUUUGUUAUUGAUUAAUGUUUUUAGAAUACUCGCUUCAUUUGUUUUGUAAUUUUCUUGUCAAGUGUGUGUUUAAAAAUAUUCGUCAAUAAAGAAAUUGUAAAAUUGUCAAAUACAACAGCAUGUUGGGCAAGUGAGACACCAUAACUGCACCAUGUGCUGGUAUACUUUAAGGGUCAUUUGAAUUAAGAUUAAAGUUAUACUAAUCGCACUUGAAACAAUUUUUUGUAAAGUCUUAGUUUAAACAUUAAAAAAAUAUACGCAGCUUAAAAAGAGUUGGUAGUAGUGGAUAAAGAAUCUGAAAUUUCUGAUCUGACUUGAACUUAAUUAGUAAAAUAAUCUAUCCAAAGUUUUAAAUAUACAUUUGUAUAAUUAGCAAAACAAUAUAUCCAUAUACAAUAACUACAACAUGCUCGUAUAUUUGAAGUGUGGUUUGAGUUAUAUACACUAUAGAAUAUAGAUCAAACUAAUGGUACUUGAAACACACAAUUAUUGGGUUGUCUCAAUUUUUUUUCUAAACACUUUAUUGAUCUCAAAUCAAUGUAACAUAUUACAUGGAACAUAAAUUACAUUUUAAAAGUGUUGGUAUAAGGUUAUAAAAUUUAGAAUCUACGUAAGGCUGCUUACGUUGCUGACAAAAAAAAAGUUAUAAAAUUUCUGGAAUCUGGUAUAAUUUGAGACUUAAUUUGAAAAUAAGAUAUUCAAAAAAUUUAGAUACAAAUCUGGAUAGCUAAAUGACAUCAAUUUUUACAAAAAAAAAAA